AUGCAGUCCACACUCUUCUCUCCCACUUACACAUUUAUCCCCAUUUCGCCGCAAUCUCUCAGAUCCCAUUCUCGUUCAUGUUCUGUCUCUGUUCGAGCCUCCGUCGCGGUGGACACCACCACCGAAACGGUCAAGUUGAACAAGUACAGUUCCCGAAUCACGGAGCCGAAGUCGCAGGGAGCGUCUCAGGCCGUGCUCUACGGCGUAGGACUCUCCGAGGAGGACAUGGCGAAGCCGCAGGUGGGCGUCUCCUCGGUCUGGUACGAGGGAAACACUUGUAAUAUGCAUCUCCUCCUUCUCUCCGAAGCCGUCCGCGAAGGCGUGGCCGCCGCUGGCAUGGUUCCCUUCCGUUUCAACACCAUCGGCGUCAGCGACGCCAUAUCCAUGGGCACCAGAGGUAUGUGCUACAGCUUGCAGUCCAGAGACCUCAUUGCCGAUAGCAUUGAAACCGUUAUGGCUGCGCAGUGGUACGACGCUAACAUUUCCAUCCCCGGCUGUGACAAAAAUAUGCCAGGUACUAUCAUUGCCAUGGGCAGGCUCAACAGACCUAGUAUCAUGGUUUAUGGCGGGACUAUAAAGCCUGGUCAUUUUCAGGGCAAUACGAUUGAUAUAGUGUCUGCCUUUCAGUGCUAUGGAGAAUUUGUGAGUGGAUCAAUUAGUGAUGAUCAAAGACAAAAUGUUCUUCGCAAUUCUUGCCCUGGUGCUGGGGCCUGUGGUGGCAUGUAUACAGCUAAUACCAUGGCUUCUGCAAUAGAAGCUAUGGGAAUGUCUCUUCCCUAUAGCUCGUCUACUCCAGCUGAGGAUCCACUAAAGUUGGAUGAGUGUCGAUUAGCUGGGAAAUAUCUACUUGAGUUACUGAAGAUGGACUUGAAGCCUCGAGAUAUCAUCACUCGUAAAUCACUACGUAAUGCAAUGGUUGUAGUUAUGGCACUUGGUGGUUCUACUAAUGCUGUGCUACAUUUUAUUGCUAUAGCUAAGUCGGUUGGCAUUGAUUUGACUCUUGAUGAUUUUCAGAAGGUUAGCGACGAGGUUCCUUUUAUUGCAGAUCUUAAGCCUAGUGGGAAAUACGUCAUGGAAGAUCUGCACAAGAUUGGAGGAACCCCUGCAGUUAUCCGUUACCUUCUUGAGGAAGGCCUUUUAGAUGGUGACUGUUUAACUGUCACUGGAAAAACCCUUGCUGAAAAUGCAGCACUUGUCCCUCCUUUGUCCAAAGGGCAGGAAAUAAUAAGGCCGCUAGAAAAUCCCAUCAAGAAGACGGGUCACAUUCAAAUAUUAUAUGGAAACCUUGCACCACAGGGUUCUGUCGCUAAAAUUACUGGAAAAGAAGGACUGUACUUUUCUGGUCCUGCACUUGUGUUUGAAGGAGAGGAGGCGAUGAUUGCUGCUAUAUCAGAGGAUCCUUCGAGUUUUAAGGGUAAAGUGGUUGUGAUCAGGGGAGAGGGACCCAAGGGUGGUCCAGGCAUGCCUGAGAUGUUAACACCAACAAGUGCAAUAAUGGGUGCAGGUCUCGGAAAGGAAGUUGCAUUAUUGACUGAUGGAAGAUUUUCAGGAGGUUCACAUGGAUUUGUGGUUGGCCAUAUAUGCCCUGAAGCACAGGAAGGUGGUCCAAUUGGCUUGAUUAAAAAUGGAGACAUAAUCAACGUUGACGUCCAAAAAAGGAGAAUUGAUGUUUUGGUAUCAGAUGAGGAGAUGGAGGCACGCAAAAAAAGCUGGACUGCUCCUCCAUAUAAAGCUAACCGAGGAGCACUGUACAAGUAUAUUAAAAAUGUGAAAUCUGCUUCUAGCGGAUGCGUGACGGAUGAGUAGAAAGACAUAUUUCCAUAGCAAAAAAGCUGAUUGUAUGCCUUGAUAGCGUUUUUGAGGUAUUACAAUUUUGGCUUACACGGUGCGUGUACAUGUAGCCCGAUGUGUCUUGGAUUUUUGUUAUUUUUUGGCUAUUAUUAUAGACUUGAAUGGCACCACCUGUCUUUUCUCUCGUGCUUGAUCUCAUAUAUUUAUUUUCUUUUCUUCAGUUAUUAAAUUUUAUAUCAGUUAGAAGUGAAAUUUUGUAUCUUAAGCUUCCAGAACAGAUUGGCUAAAGUUGAAUUGGCAGUUGAUUAAUUAGAUUUUCUAGAGCGACCUCUUUGUUGUUUAUAGCCU